CACUUUGGAGUAGUCGUCCCCGUGCAACUUGGGAGCCCAACGAGCAACACCGACGACGAUCUCCCGCCGUGUUAAUUUGUGCUCGUCGGGUGCUGGACCGCCUCUUUCAUUCACGUCUUUGAACGAACGGUUGUGGGAUUGAUCACCCUCGCUCGCGUGUUACGAGACCCGCGACCAUGUCUCUGCUGUCCGACAGACAGAGGGAGGACCUUCACAAGUCCAUGCUGGAUUAUCUCUACGCCAACAACUACACCUCCGCGUAUAAUGCUUUGAAACAGGACGCUGAGACGGAGUACACACCCGAUCCUAAGGCUAAGUAUACUGGGCUGCUGGAGAAGAAGUGGACGAGUGUCAUUCGAUUGCAGAAGAAGAUAAUGGAUCUCGAGAACCGCAAUUCCGCCCUCCAGGAGGAACUGUCUCAAGCUCCUUCCAAACGAGCCGCCUCUCAAUCCGACUGGGUGCCAAGGGCGCCUGCAGCCCAUGUUCUCACUGGUCAUCGCGCGCCCAUCACCCGCGUAGCUUUCCAUCCGCAAUACUCAAUUCUAGCCUCCGCUAGCGAGGAUUCGACAGUGAAGAUAUGGGAUUGGGAAACGGGCGAGUUUGAGCGCACGCUCAAGGGGCACACGAAAGCUGUUAUGGAUGUGGAUUUCGAUCACAAGGGCCAGUUGCUAGUGACAUGCUCGACGGAUCUUUUUAUCAAGAUCUGGGAUACUCAGAACGAAUGGAAGAACACAAAGACCUUCCCAGGGCACGAACACUCUGUAUCCUCAGUGCGAUUCCUCCCCGGAGAUCAGUUUAUUGUCAGCGCCAGCCGUGAUCGAACCAUAAGGGUGUUUGAUGUUGCUUCGACGCAUCUAGUCAGAACAAUAACAGGACAUUCAGAUUGGGUGCGAUGUGUAAUGCCUUCUGAUGACGGCAAACUAUUGGCAACUGCCUCCAACGAUCAUACCGCCCGAAUCUGGGACCCACAAACAGGAGAGUCGAAGAUGGAGCUGCGAGGUCACGAGAACGCCGUCGAGGUCGUCGCAUUUGCGCCUGUAGCUGCAUAUUCAGCCAUUCGAGAACUGGCUGGAAUACCUAAUACAGACCGUUCCAAACGCCCAGGCGCUUAUGUUGCCACUGGAGCUCGAGACAAGACUAUCAAGCUGUGGGACGCAUCCAGUGGUCAGAUUUUGAAGAACCUCCCCGGUCACGACAAUUGGGUCCGUGCGUUAGCGUUCCACCCAUCGGGGAAAUAUUUGUUGUCUGCCUCCGACGACAAGACAAUCCGAGUAUGGGAAUUACAGACCGGACGGUGUAUGAAGACUGUCGAAGCGCAUGGACACUUUGUGCAGACUCUGGCAUGGGGUCGCCAAGUUGUUGGUGGUGCCGCUAAAAGUGAUGCCAUCAAGGUCAAUGGAGAAGCCAAUGGCAAGACUGAGGAGGAGAAGUUGGUGAAUGUCGUCGCGACAGGAAGCGUCGACCAAACGAUCAAGAUCUGGCUUCCUUGAGAGUUUGACUUUGGGUCUACAUAUUUGAUGCCGUCGCAGCUCGUUUUUAUGUGGAAAGGCGUGUUGUGGAUCUACUUUGCCUCUUGGCAAGUUGACUCGAUUUUUGUUUCCCGCGUUUGUUUGCACCGUGAGUGUUCGCAUUGCCUUUGACUUUUGUGAUGGUGCCCCCCGCUCACACGGUCGUUUUUAGGCAACUAACAUGCGCCGACCGACCGACGUCGGAUCUAUCAUCGCUCGUUCAAGUCUACACGUAUCAUAUUAUUCUCCCGGCGACAUCUUAUACCAAGGCACACUUAGCCACAUCUCACUUUCGUUGCACUACGUCACUCUCGCCGCUCUACCUAGUUUGCGCAUAAUCAUUCUCAAUGUUUUCUCAGAGAACCCACCCAACCCUGUACGUGUAAAGAAUAGAGGUUAUAUAUUAUCCUGGGCCCGCUGCAAUGGAAUUGACUAGCUUGAGGCGGCCUGCAUCGCGCGUAGGGUCUGGGAAACCAGUUCACACACGGCCUCUGUGCCAUUUGGGAUUGAUCCUCAGAGCGGCGAACAAUUCGAUUGGGCGCAAACGCAGUAUUCCGGUGGGAGAACGCCCGGUCUCUCGAUGUUGGGGGAAGGGGAGGGUGGAUACCGGAUUCCAGUCCACCAAAGAUUGUGGAGGAUCAUGUGAGUCAAUCACGCUGGCACGUGUGUGUGACUGGUGGUGUUUUGACCGAGACAGACUGAGACUCGACUGCUGAGCCGCCCGUAUGUAGUGAGUUUGAGGGAGAAGUAGGAACCGCGUAUUCGCCGGACUCAAAAGAAGGCUAACUCUAUCAGGGUGACCUCCUGAAGCAUCUCUACCCGAACCUCACAGCCAUCUCUCCUGCGGUCGACUUGACUUGACUUCCGUUGGUUGAUGUUGCCGAGCGCCGAGUCUACAAUGCAAUGUCUCGAGCGAGACCCUCGACAAGGUUCUCGAUCUCGACCACUAGCUUCGAGAUUCUUGAGACAAUCGAUGCUCUUCGUUCUCUGUUUCAUCGGCAUCUUCUAUGCUGACCAGUGAUUCCCUGGCUGCGACACGAUGAUGUUUGCAGAGCCAUGCAUAGACAAACUUUCUGUCGAAGCCGAUGGCGAGCAGGACAGGCUUCUCGCCAUGAGUCUGAUUGUUCGAGAUCAGGGCACGGUUUUGUCGUGUGCCCGACGUUCUUUUGACGGGGGACUUGUCGUGAUCGAGACUAGCUGUGAUGGUGAGUCGCCUCUGUUUCAGGGAGGCUUCAGUUUUGG